AGUCGUUGUGUAACGUGUCGCAUUGCCCAAGUAUGAAAACAACUGAAGUCGCGCUAAAAACAGCUGGCAGCACUGUAGCCUUUGCACUGGAAUUUUGAUGAUAAUUGCACUCAGCGUGUUACAACAUCUGCUGUGCAGUAUUUGUAGCUCAAGAACGAGAAAAAUUGUUAGGAAUUUUAUUUAAAAUGGCUACUUUAAAACAAUCUGCUGAAUGGAAGCAGCUUGAAAAUGACUACAAUGGUGUUGGAUCUACUAUUCAGAUCAAGGAUCUUUUUGCAAGUGACCCAGAAAGAUUUAAUAAAUACAGUUUAACCCUAGACACACCAGAAGGUCCUUUUCUGGUGGAUUUUUCAAAGAAUCGAGUGAAUGAUACGAUUAAACAGCAUUUGCUGGACUUGGCCAAAGCACGAGGUGUGGAAGACAUGCGUGCCAAGAUGUUUGGUGGAGAUAAAAUUAACUUUACAGAGGACCGUGCAGUCUUACAUAUUGCGUUACGCAAUCGCUCAAAUACACCAAUAUCAGUCAACGGCAAAAAUGUUAUGAAUGACGUGAAUAGUGUAUUGGAUCAUAUGAAAACAUUUUGUCAGGUAAUUCAACAUAUUGAAUACCCAGGUUUUGAGAAUUUCGAAUCCCUACUUUCUGGUGCUCACUUCAUGGACAAACAUUUUUUCGAGACACCUCUUGAAAAAAAUGUCCCAGUUACUCUAGCCAUGCUUGGUGUAUGGUAUAAUAACUUCCAUGGUGCACAAAGCCAUGCAUUGCUACCUUAUGAUCAGUAUAUGCAUCGGUUUGCUGCUUAUUUUCAACAGGGAGAUAUGGAGUCUAAUGGCAAAUACGUGACACGAUCUGGGCAUCAAGUAGAUUACUCCACAGGCCCUGUAGUAUGGGGUGAACCUGGUACUAAUGGCCAGCAUGCGUUCUAUCAACUUAUACACCAAGGCACUAAAAUUGUACCAGCGGAUUUUCUAGCUUCAGCAAAGACACAUAACCCUAUUUCGGAUGGAAAGCACCACAAGAUUCUACUUUCAAACUUCCUUGCCCAAACCGAAGCCUUAAUGAUCGGUAAAACAUCGGAACAAGUGAAAACUGAGCUGGAAAAAGCUGGAACUUCUCCUGAGGCUUUGCAAAAGAUCAUGCCACAUAAAGUAUUUUUGGGCAAUCGACCAACUAAUUCUAUCGUCUACCCCAAACUCACACCUUUUAUGUUGGGUCUACUUAUUGCAAUGUAUGAGCAUAAGAUAUUCACGCAGGGAAUUAUUUGGGAUAUCAAUUCUUAUGAUCAAUGGGGAGUUGAGCUUGGCAAACAGCUCGCAAAAAUUAUUGAACCAGAACUCUCAUGUUCUGAUGACGUCACUUCACAUGAUUCUUCAACUAACGGUCUAAUGAAGUUUUUGAAAUCACAUAUGUGAAAAUUUUCAGGAUUAAAUAAUAUAUUCAGAUUAUAGCUCUACCCUAGAAGUUAUAUAUUAUAUAACAUUUAAUUUUGCUCAAAAGAACUAUAAAGACUAUAAUUUAUUUAUAAAACUUGCUGAAAAAACCCUAAAAAUUAACCAUUCGUUUGCAGUUUAAUUAAUUUUUCAUUAGUCAUAUAACUUAAACUGUAGUUACACCUUUGCACAAGACAUAGAAAAUGUAUUUUAAGUUCUCAAACAACUACUUUUCCAGAAAAGUUUAGACUCGCUACCAAAAUAAAGUUCAUAUUUAUAAUGUAAGCACCACAGCAAAUAUAAUGCUGUACAGUUGUAUUUGCAUGUUUCACACGUUUUUCGCACAAAAUUUGUCACUUCUGUAGCCUGUUGCAAAAUUUAGUACAUACUAAUUAUAGGAACAUUUUGCAUGCAAUGUUUAAAUAUAUUAUUGUUUGCAAUUAUAUUAUAGCUCUUAUUAAUCUGUUACACAUGUUAUUAAAAUUGUUACGUUGCAGAAGUUAAAA